CACGACAUGAAGAGGGACGAAAUCGUUUGUUUCAAAAAAAUAAGCGAUCAAAAGUCAAAAAUGGUGAUGAAAACAGGUCAAGCUCACCUCCCGUUCACUUUCCGGUUUUUGAGUCUCUCACAGUCUCACUUUCUCGUUCUCACCUACGUCUCGUCGGAGUAUCUGUAACUAGGGCUGCUCAGAGCUUAAAGUCUUCAGCAAUGGCGAUCAUCACAGAAGAACCAGAUCCCAAAGGCGCACCAGAGCGCGACGUUUUGCCCAAACCCCAUAAACCUUCCUCACCUCCAAAGCCAAGUUCCAGUGCACCAAACCCAUUCGCAUUCUGGGCUUACUUCUGUCUUGCAGUCUCUCUGAUAACCAUCCUUUUCGUCUUUUUCUCAUCUUUCAAAACACAGGAUCCCAAAGCAUGGUUCCUCAGCCUCCCCAACGACCUUCGCCAACACUACUCCAGGGGUCGUACAAUUAAAGUCCAAACGGCCUCUAAUCAAUCGCCUAUUGAGGUAUUCACCAUUGAAGACGGGCCAAAAAUGGCAGAAAAUGUGGUGAUCGUUCAUGGGUUAGGCUGUAGUUCAUACGCUUUUCGCGAGAUUGUCAAGUAUUUAGGCUCCAGGGGAAUUCGUGCCGUGGCACUGGAUCUACCUGGUUCAGGGUUUUCAGAUAAAUCGGUGAUUGUGGAGGGUGAAAGUUGGGGUGGGAUUUUAGGGAGGUUUUGUGACUUGUAUAGUGAUAUCCGGGAAAAGGGGUUGUUUUGGGGUUUUGAUAAUUUGAUUGAACAUGGGCAUCUCCCUUACGAAGAAAAUAGGAUUCGUGUUUCAGGUAGAAAGAAAGUCCAGACAAUUGAAUUGGGUUCUCAAGAGAUGGGCAUUCUUUUGGGCCAAGUGAUUGAUUCAAUGGGUUUGGCUCCUGUGCAUUUAAUUUUGCAUGAUUCGGCAUUUGGACUGACUGCAAAUUGGGUUUCUGAGAAUUUGGGGUCAGUGAGAAGUGUGACUCUUAUUGAUUCUGCACCAAGAGUGACAGCUCUGCCUUCAUGGUUCUUGGGAGUGCCGGCUGUUAGGGAGUUUGUGCUGGGCUUUUCAGUAGUGUAUGCUAAGUUUCUUCACAUUUGUUGUUCAAAAUCAACUAGUGCUUUGGUUGCAGAUGCCCAUAGAGUUCUUUUGAAGGGAAGGGACGGAAGGAGGGCAAUUGUUGGGAUGGGGAAAAAGUUGAAUUAUAGCUUUGAUGUGGCAGAAUGGGGUGGAUUGGAUGGGGUGAAGGGUAUGCCAAUGCAAAUUCUUUGGGCGGGCAGUUGGUCCAAAGACUGGAGUGAAGAGGGACGCCGUGUUGCAGAUGCACUUCCGCAGGCUAAUUUUGUCACACAUUCCGGUGGGCGGUGGCCUGAGGAGGAGGUGGCUGAUGAGCUUGCUGAAAAUAUUCUUCGGUUUGUUUCCUCAUUACCAAAAUCUGUCAGACAAGUUGAGGAAGAGCCUCUUCCUGAGCACAUUCAGAAGAUGUUUGAGGAAGCAGCAGCAGGUGGCGACCACCACCACCACCACCAUGGUCAUGGUGGCCACAGCCACCAUGAUGGUCAUGCUCACGAUCAUGCAGCGGGUUAUAUGGAUGCAUAUGGUCUUGGUCAUGGAUGGGGCGGUUGAACUUUUGUCUUGUGUUCACUUGCGACACGAGACCUGAACAUUAGAUUAACCAUAUAAUUACAUUUCGAUGUGAGAGAUGAUGCUUCUCUAAUAUCCUGUUGUUGUACAAGACUUCCAAUCUUGAAGGUUGGAAUCUGAAGGAUUUGUACUGUUCUCAUGAAUGUCAGGAGAUAAAUAUGCUGCCCUCUGUUACUCUGUUUUGUGAAGCGGAUCAUUCAUUCAAGAAUACAAUAUUGAGAACAUAAACGAGUUCUCUAUUUUU